AUGGUGCGAGUUUCAGGUGACCAUGGACACAACACUGACGAAUGUGUCGCGCUUAGACGAGAAGUAGCCUACCUCCUCAAGCAAGGUCACCUGAAAGAUCUAUUGACCGAGAAGGGAAAGCAAACCUCGUCCAAGUACGACGAUCGCCGACAACCGUCUUCGUCACCGACGCAUGUAAAGCUAAACGACACGCGAGAGACGAUCCUAGUCAAGACGCCGUCCCAAAAGAGCUUUGUCACCCGCGCGCGUGACGCUGAACUUGAAGCUAUGCCCGUCAUGUUCGACGAUGGUGACCUCGGUGACGACAGUGACAUUCACCACGACAGACUGGUAAUAUCUCUAACUAUUAGUAACUUUUUACUCAAACGUGUGGUAAUGGAUAAUGGCAGCUUAACCAACUUUCUCAUGAAAGACGCCUUGGAAGAUAUGGGAAUCGAUGAACGCGACAUCAUCCGAAAGUCCACCGUCCUCGUCGGAUUUAGUGGCGAGGCCAAACGUACCAUGGGAGAAUUGACAUUGCCUACCUACGCCAAGGGAGUAAACAUGCCUACUAAAUUUUAUGUCAUUGAUUGUCCUUCUUCUUAUAAUGUCAUUUUAGGCAGACCUGGAUCCUUAGCAUGA